AUGGCUCCCGCACGUAAGGGAAAGGCUAAAGAAGAACAGCCGGUGGUCACUCUUGGACCUCAGGCUAAGGAAGGCGAGCUUGUCUUUGGUGUUGCUCACAUCUACGCGUCAUUCAACGAUACUUUCGUCCAUGUGACUGAUAUAUCCGGGCGUGAAACUAUUGUUCGUGUCACUGGUGGUAUGAAAGUUAAGGCAGAUCGAGAUGAAUCCUCGCCAUAUGCGGCUAUGCUUGCAGCUCAGGAUGUAGCUGAAAGGUGCAAGCAGCUGGGAAUCAAUGCUCUUCACAUCAAGCUUCGCGCCACUGGUGGUACAAAGACCAAGACUCCUGGCCCUGGUGCGCAAGCAGCUCUACGAGCUUUGGCCCGCAGUGGAAUGAAGAUCGGACGUAUUGAAGAUGUUACUCCUAUUCCUUCAGAUCAAACCAGACGAAAGGGAGGACGCAGAGGACGUCGUCUCUAA